AUGUACGUAGGUGUCAUUACUCUUGUUAGUUGUUUGUGCAGUAACUGUUUAAACAGAGAGAUAAAUAUGGAAAAUUGCUACCAACCGCAACAUACAGACCAUACAUUGGAAACCAAAUAUGAUUCCAAGAUUAGCAUCGAUACAACAAGCUCCAAUAGAAUUCAUAUAAAAUCUAAAUCAGCCCCCACCACCGUAUUAACAAAGGCAGAUGAAGACGGCCUAAAACAUCAGACAUCUGCACCCUCUUAUUUACAUUCAUUGAAAGACAACCUAGCUCCUCCUUUUCUGAAGCCGGAAAAGCAAGCUAAACCACACCUUUUACUGGGCACUAUCGUCACGGAAGACGACCUUGUGGAAAUAAUAGCGGCGUCAGAUAGCGACCCUAUUGAUGGCUUGAGAAAAACACUAGGUCAGUAUCUUGUAAAAAAGGAGCUUAUACAUAACUACAGUUUAUCAGAAAAAUCGUUUCUUGUAAGUCUCCUUAUGGAGUGUAUCGACUACGCCGCUCAGCGCAGUUUCUCAACACACAAACUAGCGUGCAUGCUGACUCUGUACCUGGCGAGCCACUUGUACUUCAGGUGGUAUUAUUGGCUGCCACCUGUCGCCGUGUGGAAAUAUUUCAAAGAAAUUAUGAUACGCCACACAAUCGAGGACUCACCGGACGGACAAGAAGUGUUUGAACCCAAGGAAUGUUACGAUAUAUUAUCACACUUUCAUACAAUAUACUUGAGCAACUUGCCCUUAGUUCACAUAUUAACUUUUGGAGUGUACCGGUUGAAGCUGUCGUGGCCAUUCAAACCCAAGUAGUAGAAUAUUUAAGGUUACAGCUAUAUAUAUAGUAUGAGAUGACAUGUGGAAACAUUUUGUAAACAACACUAUAAAUAAAACCAAAAUCGUAAUAAAAUAGUUUAUUAUUAAACAACGGCGGUAAUUUUAUCGUUAAUCUUCUUCCUUUUUCUCACUUUUCCCUCUGCAACUCCAUCUUUUUUAAUAGUUUGUCUGUCAGCCGGCUUCUUUUUCUUUUUCUUACAUGAUAAUGGGUUAGGAUUUUUAGGUUUUUUCUUUUUAAUGAUAACUUUAGUAUUGUCAACUGCUUCUUCAACACCCAGGGCUUUCUUGAUCUUUUUUAAUGUUUCGUUCUGUGCUUCACUUAUAAACGGAUUUGUCUCUAGUGAAUGACCGACUUUAUCAUAACUUGCCUUGGAUGGCUUCUCGAGUGUAGGAGACUUGUUAUGUAAGUAGAGCAGUGGAACACCAGCUCUAUUCCUCAUCUUCUCCUGUAAAUCUCUAUC